UAUGGCAUUUGGUUCUAUGGUUGCUGACGUGUUAAAAUGCAACGUUAGUUACAGGAACGAAUGUAGGUCUACACAGUGGUCUUUUUCAUGGAAUAAAUAAAUAGACAUAGGCUAUGCAACCACUAAAAGGCCAAAUACCGGCACCGACUAUUGGAAAAAUAAUUAUCCAUUUGACACGAUAUGCCUUUGUUAGAACAUUUAUCUACGUUUUACAUUUUACACCAACAUAACCAUCACAUAAAUAAACUUCCAAAAAUAAGAGUGGCAUUUUCUUGGAUUUUGUGUGCGUCUUGUUCAUUUCAUUACAAAGUUACAUAAAGAAAAUGAACACAUCCCUAUUUUUCUUCAAGUUAAUUCAUUAUAGACAAUAUUAGACAAUAGGUAAAGACGAGAAACCGUCUCUACUGGCGCUCUGAGCUCACCUGCAUAGCAGCAAUUUUCAUUUUCAUCUACUUAUUAUUAUGAGAACUUUUUGUACACAUUACUGCCCGCCCCUCGCAGAAUGUGAUUGGCUCUUUCAGCACGUAGCCCAUACGAAGCCUAUAACAAUACAAAAUCGUAUUUCAGAUUGGAUCUUCAGCCCGUCAAUCGGAAUAUUCUCCACCAAUAGGACUCCUGAAAGGUGUAAAUAGUAAGCAAUGUUUUGUACCCGCACAUGGUGCAUUAAAAUAAGACGGGAGGAGAGGCAGAUCUUUCAUCUAUUCUAACAUCAGUUUACAGUUAACUUGUUGUCCGAAUCCGAUAUUACGAGGCGCUGGAUUCGAGGUAGGAUAGGUCAAGUGAUUAUACAAGAUCGGGAAAAAACGGCAGUCUUAAUGUUGAACGAAGCAGACGCAGAGGAGGAUUAUAUACAUUUUAACCAGGAUCCGCCUGUGGGAAACCAUAGUGGUGUUCAGUAUAAGGUGAUGGACUACACGUAUAAUGAAGAUCUGGAAGAAAUGUGCCCAGUUUGCGGUGAUAAAGUUUCAGGAUACCAUUAUGGCCUGCUGACUUGUGAAAGUUGUAAGGGUUUUUUCAAGAGAACAGUGCAGAAUAAUAAACGGUACACUUGUACAGAAAACCAGGACUGUAAAAUUGAUAAAACACAAAGAAAAAGAUGUCCCUUCUGCCGGUUCCAGAAGUGUCUGACAGUUGGAAUGAGAUUAGAAGCUGUCCGCGCUGAUCGAAUGCGAGGGGGAAGAAACAAAUUCGGACCCAUGUACAAGCGGGACAGAGCUCUCAAGCAGCAGAAGAAAGCCUUGAUACGAGCCAACGGCUUUAAGAUAGAGACCAGCCCUCCGAUGGUCUCCCCAGUCCAGACGGACUACCCCCUGCCAGGCAACAUCCAUGGGAUUCACACUGUUUCCAAAAGCAUGCCUCCCACCACUCCAGCCUCAAUGACCCCCACAGACUAUGAGCGCAGCCCCUAUGGACCACCGUCACUUGGCAUGGUAAUGCAGAACCACAGUGUGCUUCCUGGCUACCAGUACGCCUCAUUUCCCAACCGAGCCAUAAAGUCUGAAUACCCUGACCACUACACAAGCUCUCCAGAAUCCCUGGCAGGCUACCACUAUCCUGAUGCCUACCAGACCAGCUCCCCGCCCAGUAUCCCCACCCUCAUCUUGGAGUUUCUCCGCUGCGACCCAGAUGAGCUUCAGGUGCAGAAUAAGAUCCUAGCCUACCUGCAACAGGAGCAGGCCAGCAGAAACAAGCAUGAGAAACUGAACACCUUUGGCCUCAUGUGCAGGAUGGCAGACCAGACUCUGUUUUCUAUUGUUGAGUGGGCUAGAAGUUGUAUAUUCUUCAAAGAACUAAAGGUAGGAGAUCAAAUGAAGCUGCUGCAUAACUGCUGGAGUGAGCUGCUAGUGCUGGACCACAUCUUCAGACAAGUGCAGCACGGCAAGGAAAGCAGUAUUCUCCUUGUGACAGGCCAAGAGAUUGAGCUAGCUGCAGUAGCAGCCCAGGCUGGAGUGACUCUCAGUAACCUUGUACUGAGAGCACAGGAGUUAGUCGCUAAGUUACAGACCCUCCAGGCUGACAGAAGGGAGAUUGCCUGCUUCAAAUUUCUCAUCCUUUUCAAUCCUGACGUGAAGCUUUUGGAAAACCACCACUUGGUAGAAAGUGUCCAGGAGCAAGUCAACGCUGCCCUCCUGGAAUACACCAUGUACAACUACCCACAGUUCAUGGACAAGUUUGGGCAGCUGUUGCUACGGUUCCCAGAGAUCCGCUCUCUCAGCACUCAGGCUGAAGAGUACCUGUACUACAAGCACCUGAGCGGGGAGGUGCCCUGCAACAACCUGCUCAUAGAGAUGCUCCACGCCAAACGGGCCUGAGGCCCGGAAGCAGAGUGGGGCACUUGAGCCAGGAGAACUGUCGCUAAUAAAGAAAGGAAACGUGGUGGAGGAAGGGCCUGCAAGACACGCUGCAACCCCUGUGGAAUGCCAUUUUCAGGCUUCAUAGGUGAAAUUGAAUCAUUAAUUAGCUCCAGAUUUUAUUUAAGAUUGUUUGCUAUAGUUUAUUUAAUAAAGUGUCUCAAAUGUUUAUUCAUAUAUAUUACUGUAAAAAUGGUUCUUCAUGUUUUUUUUUUUAAUCUAUAUUUUAUUAUAUGUCUAAUUCCCACCUAUGGGAAUGUGCCAAAAGUAGUUAUUUUAUGCCUUCAUUCUUUUCAACAUGAAAGUUCCACAAGUUAUACACAUGGUAAAAACCAUGUCAAUUGAAGCUACUGGUGAUGAACUAAUUGGUUCAGCUAAAAACCUGCCAGUAUGUUUAGAGCAAAGACAUGGGGCUCGUUUCUAUAUUGCGAGAUCGUAAAUUCAAAUACGAUAGGUGUACCCCCAUGUCUGAAAAUACAUGAACCACGCAACACAAGGAAUGCAUUUUGAAUGGUCUUGGAAAUCACAUUUUCAUAAUCAUUAGUCAUAUGCAAGACAGAAAAUAUAGGUUUAAGUGGCCUAACACCCCAUUUUCUAUCUAAUUUAUGCUGUAUAUGUAAUUGUAUAUAUUCCCAUGUAAUGUACACGUUUGGAACUGCACCAUAAACACUGCAUUGUGUUACUAAUACAGAGUUAUUCAAGAAGUCUCAUUUAAUAUUUAACUAAAUAAUUCUUAAAUAUGUUAGAGGACAUGCGACACAUCUAAAAAACAAAAUCUAAUGAGUUGAAUUAUUAAGGGAAAUUGUGGGUUGUGUUAGGAGGGAGACACAAACUAAACAGCAACAGAAAGAAAACAUUCUACUAGCAGAGCUGGUAGCACAGCUCCCGGAGUUUAGCCUUCUAUAAAUGACAAACAUGACAGUUUAAUAGAGAGACAAAACAAAACACAAAAACUCUGGUUUCUUUUUACAACACAGUAAUCCUUUACGGGUCCUUUUGUAGCCAUAACCAAGGAACAGACUGCUUGGCCACAUCCCCUGAUAUACCCUCAGUCACGCCUCCUUCGUUUAGCGAAUGCAAUCAUGUAUCCUCCAUUCCAUGACUGACACAUCGCCUACCACCUUCUGGCAUUGUGACUCCGCCCCCAUUCUGUAUGGCCGACUUCCAACUGACCCUGGAAUAAACUGCCAAACCAUCCAGUCCGGGGCACACUGUUCCUGUUAUAAGCACCCUCACAGGGAUGGAGGGAGAUUGUUGACUAGGAUUCAUUCGCUCUCUGUCACAGGCAGGUAAAUUGGUGUCAGCAAAAUACGCCAGGUAGCAUGAGCAACAUUAUAUAAAAAGGCUACUUCUAUCGUAUAUAGUGCUCCUGACUUCGCACUAGCCUGAAAUUGUACUGCUAUAUAGAAACGAACCCCUGGACUAUCCUCAUUGUCCAGCUUUUGAUUCUAGGUUCUCAGCAAUUUAGUCUUAAGCUUGUCAAAGUCUUGUUAGAAAUUCUGCCUGUUUAGGAUCCUAUAGUGUGUGUUCUCUAUAAAUCUCUUGUUGUUUCUAUUUGGUCUGCUUCUGACAAGACUCCUUAAAAUGAGUUGGUUAGAUCACAUCUAGGGGUGUAUAGAGUUGUAAUUCUGUCUGGUUUUGUGUAGAGGUGUUCCAUUAACUAACACAAGCUGCAAAGUGGGCAAAACGUACAGUUGUACAACUCUAGUGGUCAUUUUACUUCACUUCUGAACAUACGUACUAUGAUAUUGAAAAGGUAACAUAUUACAUAUUAUGAACAUGUAUGUUGUAUAAAGUAUGCCUUUAAGGUCAUGAGAAGGAACUGAGUGAUCUUUAAAUGCUUUUAAAAGGGUCUUUAAAAAUGGUUUGAGAAGUUUACAUUUAAACAGCACCACAUGGUAAUAUUUAUAAUCUUCUGCUCUAGAAUACAUAAUAUCAAUUAUUAUUAUUAUUAUUAUUAUUAUUAUUAUUAUUAUUAUUAUUAUUAUUAUUAUUAUUAUUAUUAUUUUUAAAGCAAACCAGUUGUGUUAUGCAUUAGCCACCUGUCUUAAAUUUAGAAACUUUAUAUUUGCCUUCCUGGUUUAACAUAUUUCCCAAAUUCAGGAGAGUGGUUACCGAUAUACCCUUUCAGUGUAUAGUUGUAAUAUGAAAAAGCAGGCCACCGUGUAACAUAUUUGAGAGCUCUGUUCCCAAGAUGCAGGCUUUAAAAGUACAGUUCCUACCAUAAUAAGAAGGUCACCAUGACCUUAAUGCACAGUAUGUAAAACAGGAUAUUCAUGAUAUACAGCUGUGUGUAGUUACAAUAACUGAACACGAUCGUUCCCCAUCAUCUGGAAACCAAAAGUGCAUGUGUUGACUGGUAAAGUGAAUUGUUAUUGGACGAUGCUGAGAAUUAAAGAACAUAGGCACAGGAAGCUGUCUCUGGCAGUAGUCCUUUAUGGAGGAGGGAGCAUAGUUAAGACUGCAGAGACCAGAAGAUACAUGACACAGCAAAUGACAUUCCUAUUGAGUGAGGACAUAUAAAGCAAGCAUGCAAAACAUUGUCUUCUUCCUAUAAAAUAAUAUUAAAAAGCAGAAAUAUUCUUCCUAAUUUUACUACUUUACAAAGCAGCUAUACCUGAUACCAGAUUCAAAAAGCAUUCAUUGAGAAUUAUUUUGGUUGCAUUCCAAAUUGAUUCAUAAUGGAUUAUUUUGACACUCAAAAUGCAUGCCGGGGAAAUCAGUUACUUGUAUGAAUGUUUAAUGAAUGCAUUUUAUGAUCUAUAGCAUUAUUUUAAUAUUGUAAAAUAAUGGAUUUUGAAUACAGAAUAACUUAACCUUGGCUGAAGUAACCUUGAAUACUGUAAGUUGCCAUAAAGGUUCGGCCUCUCUGGUAACUGGUUCAUUCGGGUAUCACUGUUAGUGUUUGUUACAAACUAAUUCAUUUGGAUUAUAAUUUAAUUCCAAAAUUACAAAAACUCAGAUUGCAUUACCAAUGCAGUCAAAUUGAAUGGGAUAAAAGUCUCUUUGAAUCCUGGAAAGGGCCUGCCGAUUUAGGAAGAUUGUACUGAAUUCUCCUUAAAAGGGGACACAUUUGCUGUUUUUAUCCCUGCUACACAUACAUAUAGACCCAGAUAUUUGAAAGGUUUGCGCACCACGCAGAGGGUUAUGUGCGUCGCAAAUGGCUGUUAUGAGCGAAUGUGCCAUUUGAAACUUCUUUUUGUGAGCCACAAUCUGUUUUGCGCUGUGCACAAAUAUAAGGUAUGCAUAGCGUACUGUAUUAUUUGAAUUGUACCGAAGGCCAAAUUUGAAUGAAAAUGGCUAAGUUUUGCGAUAAGCGUGACAGGCUUGCAACGCGCAGAAUGUUUCCAUUACAUGCGUUUAGCUAAGUGCCCUAUCCUCAGCAACAUUGGCAAAGGGCCGCAGUGCCCAAGGUUCAGUCCGUAAAAUAUCCCUGUAGUUGUAUUCUCCAGAGGCUCCCUUUCCUUUUCACCACUCACCCGGUAAUUCCACACUCGGGUAUAAGGACACAGCUGACUUUUCUUUUCUUUUUUAAGUAUUGUUAUUUAUUUCUCAUUGACAUCAGAAGCAUACUUGGAAGGAGCAGGGUGCGUGGUGAGUGGGGGGCAGUUGGAAGGGGCUUUCAGCAGGAGUAUGAGUAAGGGGUACACAUGUGCAGGCUGCAUCCACAGGCAGUGUUCUAGGUCUGCUCCAUACUGAGAUUCCCGUCUUCGGGGCUUCCGAAUAGAGUACUGUUUUCAACAUUGUGGUUUUGUUUUACAGUCCACACUUCUGUAAAUAUGUUUAUGUAGGUGUAAGGAGCACGGGUCGGAGCUACUCAGAACACCGGCUGACAGGCGCGUUUCUGUAAAAUAAAGAGUGGAGUUUGAUGCUACAGAUAUAUUUUGCCUGUCUCCUUACACCAUGUUGACACUUAUCCAGUUAGCAAGUCGCUACAAUAUAUUUUUAUUUUAUUUAUAUGUUGCAUAGCCUACACUAUCAUGUGGUCCAUUGUUUAAUUUCUCCAUUUAGUAGCUGAUUUAUAUAUUUGUGGGGGUGGGCAUGCAACUUCGGGGGUGCCAAUGCUACCGAUGUGUGUUGAGCUUUGAUUCUGCAUUCCAUGUGCAGGUUACAUUUGAGUGUAGACUCGUCUGAGGAAUAUUGGUAUGUACUGUACACCUAUGAUAGCUGCUUGGCAGGGUAUUGUUAACAGCUCAUUGUCUUGUGGUAUUCCAAUUCUGCGCAUUCACGCGUAGCUCUUGUGCAUUUCUGCUAUAUUGCUAAUUAAUGCACAGGUGGUUUUGUGAGGCACAAACAGAUUCGCGAAUUGAGCAAAAAACUGCUAUUUUCCAACUUAGCGCAACUGUUUUAUGCCAUGUUGGAAAAUAUCAAUUUUUGUGCAAAAGCACUCAUUUUUGUGAGGCACAAAUUUUGCGAGGGGAUUGCGCAUCGCUUCAGAUAUCUGGGCCAUAGCCUUCUCUUUUUUGGGAACUAACCAGAGAGAGUUUCCUGGGGUACAUUUCUAGUUUGUAUGUAACAAUGUUGAGUGUAUAUCUUAAUGUUUUCUAAACAGUUUCUAAAGGUCUAGAAAGAUACUUUUUUGUCCUGUUUUGUUUAGCAAUCUGUGCAUUCAUGUCAGUUGAAUGUGAAGGCUAUGAAACACAAGACAACUUUCAGACAACUGUUUUUUACAAUGAACACAUUUUUACUUUGAUCAACUAGAGCCCCUUUCACACUGGCAUGCUCUACCUGGGUCAGAAACUACUCGGGUCAAGACCUGGUGUCAUGCGAGUCAGUUAUGCAAUUACGUACUGCUUUUGAUAAAGCAGGGUUGACCUGGGUGACAGAUGCAAGUCAGCAAUGCGCGCAUCAGUGCCCCGGAAGCAGCUUGUUACUGACGCUUCCAUCCAAGCUUCUCUGGAUUGAACCGUCGGCCCAAAUGUUGAUUAGAGCAAAGGUUUCUACAUCCCUGCUGCAAUCUGGCUCAUGCUGUGUCUCAAUCAACAAGAAUAUGGCUAAACAGAAUAAACAGAAAUGUUCCUUGCAGAAGUGAAACCUUCACGCAGACAUGACUGUUUGGACCCGGGUAGGAGUGCCAUUGUGAAAGGGGCUUAGGAGAAACAUAUUUUUCUAGUUCAUUAAACUAAUUCAAGUGACUCUUGAAUAUGGUUCUGAAUAUGAGUUAUUAUUAUUGACAAUCUGAGUCUGCCUUCUUUUAUUUACCCUUGUCGAACCCGAGUUAAUUCCCACAUUUUGGGCAGAUACCUUGAUCUGUGGUGCAUCCUAUAGAACAUUAUACUGUAUUCAUAUUGCAAUUAUAUCAGUACAAUGCAAAUCACACUCCUUUUAAUAUGUUUGAUGUAUCUUCAUGUAACAGUGGUAGAAGUCUACUAUGCAUUUCUGUAAAGAAUAAAGCAACUUUUAGGAAAGGUUGUGCAGUAAACAUGCAUGACUCUUCUUUUCCUGGCUAUUCUAUACAUGGCAGCUUCUGUCUCUAAAUCAAAGAGUUCUGUUUGUGAACAUGUUCGACACACAACUUUAUUAUGUGCUGCAUAGUAAUAUAUGAUUAUUUUGCAAAGAGAUGUAUUUCAUGUCAGUGCCUUCUUUACAUCUAUAUUGCUGUUUAUCUGCUUAUUUUAUUUUUGUUUGACAACAUUAUUUGUUCAUGCAUUAUUUUAUUGUAAUAGUUUGCAACCAAUAAAUGCACCUCUAAUGAAA